AAAAAAAGAUAAAAAGAGCUCGCGUGUGAUAUGUUUGUGUAUCCUCAGUGUUUUUCUCUCUUGAGUGUAAACAGAGUCUUCUCUUUAUUUUUUAGUGUUCAUGAUGAGAGAUGAGAUGUCCUGUAAAUCUACUGAUCAAACCUUCACAGAGUCUCUGGAUUCUGUCUGGAACGCUGGAGAACAGCAGCAGAUCCUGCAGACCAAACUCAAGAUGUGUUCAGCCAAACCCAUCGACUGCACGAACCUCACGAUGAAGAUUAAAACUGAACCUACAGAAGUAAAAACUGAACCUAUAGAAAUAAAAACUGAACCUACAGAAAUAAAAACUGAACCUACAGAAAUAAAAACUGAACCUACAGAAGAAGAAUAUGAAGACAAUCAGGAUGGUCAUGAUUUUCUUCCUUCAGGGUUCCCGCCGGGUGUUAAAAACUAACCUUCAGAACUUUCCCACCAAACAUGAGACAUCCGCUUGAUGUGCAGAUCAUGUCUAUAUCAGAUGUGAAGAGUGAAUUAUGUUUGGAUGGAGAAAUAACGUCCUCGACUCUUUCCUGCAUCACCGAUGGAGAGACAUUGAGCUCACAGAGACAUUUAGAGAGAGAACACACAGAACAUGAACAUCAUCUGAAGAAACACACCAAUGAGAGACCGUAUCAGGGCAGUGAAUGUGGAAAAACCUUCAGGGAUUCUGAUUCAUUGAAAAAACACCAGAAUAUUCAACGCUAUAAGUGUUUACACUGUAAUGACAGUUUUGGGUAUAGAUCUAGUCUUAUAAUCCAUGAGAGAGUUCACACUGGAGAGAAACUUCCUCACUGCAGUGUUUCUGGGAAGAGUUUUAAUCAACAUCAACAUUUAGUUUCACAUCAGAGAACUCAUACAGGUGACAAACCUUACAAAUGCUCUCAGUGUGAGAAGUCGUUUGCUCAGUCAGGUUACUUAAUAAUCCAUCAGAGAAUUCACACUGGAGAGAAACCAUACGCCUGCCCUCAAUGUGGAAAGAGCUUCUCUGAUCCAUCUAAUGUCCGACUUCAUCAGAGAGUUCACACUGGAGAGAAACUUCAUCACUGUGAUGUUUGUGGGAAGAGUUUUGAUAAGCGUGCCAAUUUAUUGACACACCAGAGAAUUCAUACAGGUGAAAAACCUUACAAAUGCUCUCAGUGUGAUAAAACAUUUGCUCAGUCAGGUCAAUUAAAAGCACAUCAGAGAGUUCAUAUGGGAAAAAAACCCAUAUCUUACAUCUGCUCGAUCUGUGGAGAGAGAUUUGCUCGUUCUUGGAGUCUUCAGAGUCAUCAGAAGAAACAUACUGAAGAACAAACUAAACUGAAAUCAUCAUAGUUGUAACUAACUCUUAAGAAAGAGAAACUAAGGUGAUUUUUCUAAGCUCCAUUUUAUUUAGUCUCCUUUGUUAAUGUAAUGAGUGCUCUUAUCCCGCCCCCUAGUGGAACGUUAAUUUCGCACCUAGAAAGGUGGGACCAAUUAGUGAGACGCACACACGGAAAAGGAAAGAGCGCAUGCUGUUUGAAAAACGCUCUGAAAUUGUAAAUAUCGUUCUAAAAGGUUAUCAAAUACAUGAAUGGAUAAUUUAAGCACCUAGCUGGAACGGGAACAAGGUACUGUGUUUGAUUUGUUUAAUGUUUAUAUGUAUUAAUACGUGUGUUAAUCUAUUUGACUGUGAAGAAGUGUUUAAAUGUGUUAUCACUUGUGUCAUGCAAAGUUUGUUAACCUAAGUUUUUAACAUUGUUAAUAUUGACUGAUGUAAUUUAUAUCUUUUUGUAAUUUGUUUGUUAAUGUUGGAUAAUGUUUAUGUUCGUAAGAGCUGAUUUUAUGUUAUUUAUCUGCCCUGUAGCUCUUACGGUGUUUCAUGAAGAGAAGGUGUAACAUAAGAAAGGCAGAUUUGUGUUUUUAAAGGAAAGGCUAACGGCUGAACACAAAAUAAAGGCUUUUUGAAACAUCAGUACGCUUCACCAUUGUCUGGCUGGGGUUUUGCUACAGUAAGAGCUUAACCCGCAUCGAUUCCGACGACCUUUGUCUACAACGUGCUACGGAGGGUCUUUACCGCGCCGGUUACCGCUUCGGUUACAUCAUCGUCAUCGCGCCUGACCUAUUUCGGACAACUGUCUCACAGAUUCGGUGCAAUGGUCAAGUACAGUCACAUUUACGGACACUGAUGCAGGACUGUGAGUAUUAAUCCACUAUUAUAUAGACAAUAGUACAACAAUACGGCGAGCAACAGGUGAACGGCUUCUCAGACUGAACAUUUAAAACUCACUGGCUUACCAACAAGAGCAACAAAAUAAACUGUGAUUAUAUUUGCACUCAUGCCUCUAUGCAUCUAUAUGGACUCUUUCUAAUUAAAGACAUAUAGAUUUUUGUUGUUUGGACUUUGCAUUCAUAUACCUAGUUAACAGUGUUUAUUGAGGAUUUAAUAUUUACAUUUUCCUCACUUUGGAUUUAAGAACGUUGAUAACUUGUUCAUUGUGAUUUUUACACUGACAUUUAUAAUUUUUCUGGGGUCUAUAUUUACAUGCAUAUGUGUCAGCAACUAAAAUUGAUGUUUUGAUAUUUUAUGUUUGCACAUUCAUAUCCAGAGCUUUACCAUAUCUGCUAAACUGUCUUUUUCUGCCAUUAGAGUUUAUAAAAAAUUCUUAAAAGAUAAUGUCAGAGUUAGGACAUGAGAUAGAGGUGGAGGGGCAGAUGGUUGGUCAUCAGCAUGAUGAUUUACAAGAUGAAACCCAAAUAAUGAUAAACCCAUCAGAGCAACCAAGUCUAAAGGAAACUAAUGAAGGUAAACAACAAUGUCUAACUGAUCGCCAAGGCAAACUUAAUAAGGAGGAUAAUGCUCUUGAAGGUCCAAGACGAUCUGAACGCACAUGCCAUCCUACAGAGAAGAUGCGCGCAUAUCGUGAUGAAGAGGCCAAGAAAAAGGAGAAAAGGUUGUUUGCCAUGUACGAACAGUGGAAGCUCCACACACGAAAGGCAAGAGAUCAGCUAAAGACUUAUAUGUCAGAGAGUCAGCUCUGGCCUCUCAUUGAAGACCUUAAGAAAAGUAAAGAAGAUGUAAUGAACAUUUAUUUUGAAAUUCGAAAUCUCACUACACCCUCCACCGACAUAAGAAGAAGAGUUGAUACGUGUGAAUCUGUGACCACAGAAAUCAUCAACAUUGCAUACAGCAGAGCUAUAGAUGAGGAAAGUGGAUUUAAUGAGCAGCAAGAGAGACACCGCCUUCAUGAACUGCUCCGCCACGACUAUGCAAAGUCGGUCUAUGGAUCCGCAGCCUCUUUCAUAAGUCAUAGCCAGUCCGAUCACUACUCCACUACUUCAUCCAUGACAGCAAAACGUGCGGAGGCAGCAGCUGAACUAGCAGAAAAGGAAGCAAAUUAUCAGAUGCUACUGGAGGAAGAAAAGCAAAAGGAAUCUAUAAGAGAGUUAGAGGAACAACAACGCAAGGCUCUAGAGGUACAAAGGUGUGAGUUGGAGCGAUUACAGGCAGCGAAAGAGAUACGGGCCGCUCAAGCAAAAUUGAAGGUUUAUGAAAGGGAGUCUGAACGAAAGGAUGGUUUCUAUCUCAAAAAGGAAAGGAACAUGGAACCAAAGAAAGUACCUGUAACUACCGCGCCCCUCUCUCCAGUUGCAACGCCCCAUCAUACGGACCUACCCUCUCUCACUCAGCUCCUUCAAGACAACAUAGCCUUAAAUAGGCUUCCUGUUCCUGAGCCAUUUGUCUUCAAUGGGGAUCCCAUACAAUUUGUUGAAUGGAAGGCAGCAUUCACUUCACUCAUAGACCAAAGGGCAAUCACGCCAGCCGAAAAACUAUACUACCUGAAAAAGUAUGUUGGUGGCCCAGCACGGCAGGCUUUAGAUGGCAACUUUUACCGAAAUGACAAUGAAGCAUAUCAAGAUGCAUGGGACAAAUUAAACCGUCGCUUUGGCCAGCCAUUUGCCAUUCAGAGAGCGUUUCGAGAGAAGCUCAUCAACUGGCCGAGAAUACCAUCAAAAGACGCUGAAGGAUUGAGACGCUUCUCAGAUUUUCUGAAUGCUUGUAAAGACGCCAUGCCACAUGUGAAGGGUCUCGACAUAUUAAAUGAUUGGGAAGAAAAUCGGAAGCUCGUUCACAAGUUACCGGACUGGGCAGCUUUGCGUUGGAACAGACAAGUCACGCAAAGCCUAAAUGAAAAUCAAGAAUUUCCAAGUUUCAAAGAGUUUGCUAGAUUCACGUCGGAUGAAGCUGAGAUUGCUUGCAAUCCCAUUACGUCAUUUCAUGCCCUUCAUUCAUCAGAUUCUUACACUGAGAAGAGAAAUCUCAGAGAUGUGAAGAGAAACAAGGCUAGUGUGUUUACCACUCAAAUAGUCACUGACAAUGAAAAACACAAGUCGGAACAGAGGAAAGUUAAGACUUCAUGCAUCUUUUGUCAAGAUAAUAGACACCAGCUACACGCAUGCUACAAGUUCACUGAAAUGGUAUUGGUUGAGCGACGCAUCUAUAUAAAGGAAAAGAAACUCUGUUAUGGAUGCCUGAAACCCGGCCACAGCGUGAGAGACUGCCGUCAUCGUCUUUUCUGUGACCACUGUAAAGGAAAGCAUCCUACAGCCCUGCAUGAUGACAACUAUAAAAGAGAAAGGACUGCAUCAGAACCAGAGACAAAUAUAGGCGCUGCUGCAACGUCACUCAGUAUAGCAGGCGUAGGCUCGUCAAACACAUCUAUGGUGAUACCAGUUUGGGUUUCAUCUAAAAAUGACCCAACCACUGAGAAACUCGUGUACGCACUACUCGACACUCAAAGCGAUACUACAUUCAUUGACCAAGAAGUGAGUGAUGGUCUUAAUGCUGACAAGUAUCCAGUGAAAUUGAAGUUGACGACUAUGAGUGGCAGGGAUACGGUGCUCACAAGCGAAGGAGUCUCUGGGCUUCGUGUUAGAGGAUAUAGUUCUGCAGUUCAAGUUGAUCUUCCUGUCACCUACACAAAGGACUGCAUUCCUGUCAACCGCUCUCACAUUCCCACUUGUGAGACGGCUAAACAAUGGAGUCAUCUGACCGAAAUAGCUGAUGAAAUACAACCACUGAAGGACUGCGUAGUAGGCCUUUUAAUCGGCUACAACUGCUCAAGAGCCAUGGCACCAAGACAAGUCCUUUUAGGAGGAGAUGAGGAACCCUACGCUGUAAGGACUGAUUUAGGAUGGAGUAUUGUAGGGCGCUCACUACAUACCCAGGAUACAUCUAGCUCACACCAUCUGUGUCACAGAACUACAGUCAAGGAGCUACCUCCAUUAACUCCUACUGACGUCAUUCGCAUUCUAGAGUCUGACUUCAAAGAUGGCAAUGAUGACAGCAAAAUUGUGUCACAAGACGACAUCACAUUCCUCAACAUACUGGAUGAGGGAAUAAAGAAAAAUGUGUACGGGCAUUAUGAAAUGCCUCUGCCCUUCAAAACCAGACCCAGCCUGCCUGACAACAAAGGCUCCGCUAUGACACGCCUCCUUCACCUUAAAAGGAAAUUGCAAAGGGAUGAAAGGUAUAAGGAACGUUAUGUUGAGUUCAUGGAGGAAAUCAUCGAGCAAGGAGAUGCUGAGCAGGUCAAUGACGGUGGGAGUGAAGGGGAGAGAUGGUACAUUCCCCAUCAUGGUGUGCAUCAUGCAAAAAAGCCAGAUAAACUUCGUGUAGUGUUCGACUGCUCAGCCAGAUACAAAGGAACAAGCUUAAAUGACCACCUCCUCUCUGGACCUGACAUGUUGAACAACUUAAGUGGAGUUCUCAUCCGUUUCCGACAGCACCCUGUUGCGUUGAUGUGCGACAUUCAGAAGAUGUUCCAUCAGUUUCAUGUGGUCGAAUCUGAUCGCAACUUUCUGCGCUUUCUUUGGUGGAAGCAAGGAGAUUUGAACUCACAGCCCAUCGAGUUUCGCAUGAAAGUGCAUCUGUUCGGUGCAGCCUCCUCUCCGGGAUGUGCAAACUACGGGAUGAAACAUCUAGCUAAAGAGAAUCGCGACAUCUACACUCAGGGCUCAAGAUUUGUGAUGAGGGACUUUUAUGUAGACGAUGGACUCGCAAGUAUCGAAACCACUGAAGAUGCUAUUCAGCUUGCCAGGGAAGCACGUGAACUCUGUGCCAUGGGCGGUCUCCGACUACAUAAGUUUGUGUCUAAUGACAGAAAGGUAUUAGAGAGUAUACCACUCUCUGAACGAGCCAACAACGUGAAGGAUAUGGAUCUCUCAUUUGAUGAAUUGCCACUUGAGAGAGCUCUCGGGAUUCAAUGGGAUGUGGAGUCUGACCGUUUCAAGCUUAACGUCAGCCUCAAAGAACAGCCUGCAACACGACGCGGCAUUUUAUCUACAGUGGCUUCUCUGUACGAUCCUCUUGGGUUUGUGGCGCCAGUCGUCCUCAAAGCAAAGAUAAUUCUUCAGGAGAUGUGCAGACGAGGUACUGGCUGGGACGAUCUUCUCACUGAUGAGCUUCGACCAAAAUGGGAACAAUGGAGAAGUGAUCUUGCCCAAUUAGAUCAUUUCACCAUAUCCCGUACCUACUCACCUGCUGGAUUUGGAAGGGUCUCCAAGACAGAGCUGCAUCACUUUUCUGAUGCCAGCAUGAAGGGUUACGGCCAGUGUUCAUACCUGCGACUUCAAAAUGAAGAGGGAGAUAUUCAUUGUGCUUUAGUUGUAGGAAAAUCACGUGUUUCUCCAACCAAGAUCACAACCAUCCCAAGACUAGAAUUGACAGCAGCAGUUGUUUCCGUGAAGAUAAGCAACAUGCUUAAGGAGGAAUUGGGAUGUAUUGACGCAGAGGAGUUCUUCUGGACCGACUCUAAAGUGGUCUUAGGAUAUAUAAGAAACGAAGCACGACGAUUCCACACGUUUGUGGCUAACCGGAUACAGAAGAUUCAGCUAAGCUCAGCCCCACAACAGUGGCGAUAUGUUCCAACAGAUGAGAAUCCUGCUGAUCAUGCUUCCCGGGGCUUGACUGCCAGUGAGUUUUUGUCAUCUACCUGGCUCACUGGGCCUAAAUUCUUAUGGAACAAGGAAAUAAAGGUGGCUACAGACGAAGUGCCAGAGUUAACAGUCGGAGAUCCAGAGGUCAGGAGUGUUCUAGCGCUCAUUACCAAAACCACAGAACACGUAAGCCUCGUUGAUCGCUUGUCCAAGUUCUCAUCCUGGUCGCUGGCUACACGAGCAGUUGCACGCAUUCUCCGGCGCAUAAGGAAUAACAGAUCAAACAAUCUUACCACUGUAACAGAACGAGAAGAGGCAGAACAUUGCUUAAUCAAAAUUCUGCAGAAAAAUGUGUAUCAAGAAGAGUUGAACCUGCUGAGCAAAGGAAUCCCUCUACCACGGCACAAUCCUUUACAUGCUCUUGACCCUUUUCUCCACAACGAUGGUGUUCUCAGGGUGGGAGGAAGGUUGUGCAACUCCUCUCUUCCCAAUUUCAUCAAGCACCCUGCAAUCAUUCCAAAAGAUCAUCACAUCACAAGGAUGAUUAUUGCCUAUAACCAUGAGAAGAUGAAACAUCAAGGUAAAGGUCUGACACUUAAUGAAAUAAGGCGCAGUGGCUACUGGAUUAUAGGAAUUAACAGAGCUGUUGCAUCCUACAUUCGUCAAUGUGUCACCUGUAGACGGCAACGCAGACCUAUGGAGGAGCAAAAGAUGGCCGAUUUACCUCCUGAACGCUUGGAACCAUCCCCUCCUUUCACUUUCUGUGGCAUGGACUGCUUCGGGCCAUUCCUUACAAAGCAAGGAAGAAAAGAGAACAAGAGGUAUGGUCUUCUUUUUACUUGCCUAAGCUCCCGUGCCAUUCAUAUUGAGAUUCUUGAAGACAUGACGACAGAUGCUUUCAUCAAUGGCCUUCGUUGUUUCAUCGCCAUACGUGGUUCCGUUCGUCAGAUCAAAUCUGAUCAAGGAAGCAAUUUUGUGGGAGCCAAGAAUGAGUUCAGAGAAGCUCUAAAGGAAGUUGAUGCAGACCGUCUUGCUGUAUUUCUUGCAAAUAAGCAGUGCGACUUUAUCAUGAACGCACCCCAUGCUAGCCAUGCAGGAGGGGUGUGGGAAAGACAUAUAAGGACCGUGAGAAGCGUUCUAAGAUCCACUCUUGCCCUUUCCUCUGGUAGACUAAAUGAUGCUUCGCUGCGAGCCUUUUUCUAUGAAGCUAUGGCUAUAGUCAACAGUCGUCCUUUGACUGUUGACAAUCUCAGUGACCCCCAUAGCCUCGAACCACUCACUCCUAAUCAUCUUCUGACAAUGAAAUCGGUCCAGGCCUUACCUCCUCCUGGUGAAUUCGUUAGAGAAGAUAUUUAUGGCAAGAAAAGGUGGAGACAUGUUCAAUACCUUGCAGAACAGUUUUGGAGUCGAUGGCGGAAGGAAUAUCUGGCCAACAUUGCUCUUAGACAACGCUGGCAUGCUCCAAGAAGGAAUUUACAGGUUGGAGAUAUUGUAAUCCUGAAAGGAGAGGAUUUGCACAGGAACGAGUGGAGAUUGGGUAGAGUUUCAGAAACCACUACUGACAAAGAUGGACUAGUACGGAGAGUUAAACUCCAGCUUGGUGACAGUAAGCUUGGAAAGAAAGGAGAGCGUCUUCACAAGUUGUCAGAAGUUGAGCGCCCCAUCCAGAAGCUUGUUCUGUUGCUGGAGUCUAACUAAAUCUGCUCCUUCCCUCUAUAGUGCAUAAUAUUACAUAGUUGCCGUUAAGUUUACAACUUUGGCAUAAGUUGUCUUUGUUCUUAUACAGGCUUUGGGAAAGCAAUUUUUAGUUGAAAUCAUUUGUGCUUAAUGUUCUCUGUGUAUGUUCCAUUAUUCACUCAUGAUUGGUGGGAGUGUAACUAACUCUUAAGAAAGAGAAACUAAGGUGAUUUUUCUAAGCUCCAUUUUAUUUAGUCUCCUUUGUUAAUGUAAUGAGUGCUCUUAUCCCGCCCCCUAGUGGAACGUUAAUUUCGCACCUAGAAAGGUGGGACCAAUUAGUGAGACGCACACACGGAAAAGGAAAGAGCGCAUGCUGUUUGAAAAACGCUCUGAAAUUGUAAAUAUCGUUCUAAAAGGUUAUCAAAUACAUGAAUGGAUAAUUUAAGCACCUAGCUGGAACGGGAACAAGGUACUGUGUUUGAUUUGUUUAAUGUUUAUAUGUAUUAAUACGUGUGUUAAUCUAUUUGACUGUGAAGAAGUGUUUAAAUGUGUUAUCACUUGUGUCAUGCAAAGUUUGUUAACCUAAGUUUUUAACAUUGUUAAUAUUGACUGAUGUAAUUUAUAUCUUUUUGUAAUUUGUUUGUUAAUGUUGGAUAAUGUUUAUGUUCGUAAGAGCUGAUUUUAUGUUAUUUAUCUGCCCUGUAGCUCUUACGGUGUUUCAUGAAGAGAAGGUGUAACAUAAGAAAGGCAGAUUUGUGUUUUUAAAGGAAAGGCUAACGGCUGAACACAAAAUAAAGGCUUUUUGAAACAUCAGUACGCUUCACCAUUGU